AUGGCCAAGAAAGCUCGUGCUCCCCCUGCUGCUGCCACCAAGCCACCAAGCAAGCCACCUCAGUUCAAUUUUCCACCAAUAGCACCUAAGGAAGAGCUACAGUGUCGUGUUCUGAUCGAAGACCAGAUUCUCCUGAUUGAUGACUUCUUCUCUCCGGAAGAAUGCAAGACAUAUGUGAAGUUCAUUGACGGCCUCCCUCUAGAGCUUACACCACCCAAGAAGAAGGGAGAGGCUGACCGGGUGAACCAGCGUAUAUCCAUACCAUCCAUAGACUUCGCGCAGAAGCUGUACGCUGUGCUCGCGCCGCAUCUACCUGAGUUUCCGUAUCCGGCGUGGGUCAAGAAGCCUGCGGGCGCGACGGCUCGCGCGGCGCAUUCGUGCAACUCGAACAUACGCUUGUACAAAUACACGACAGGCCAAUACUUUGGACCCCACUAUGACGAUUCUGUCCGAGAUACUGAGACGGGAGCAAAGUCUGAGUGGACGCUACUCAUUUAUUUGACUGGAGCCCAAGAUGGGGUAGAGGGGGGAGAGACGGUCUUCUACAAAGAACAACGAGGGAGACCUGGGCAGGCAAUCGUACCUCCGUUGACUCGCGGACAGGCACUUCUGCAUCGCCAUGGCCAAGACUGUCUGCUUCACGAAGGUUCCCCAGUGAAGAAAGGGUCGAAAUAUGUCUUGCGUUCGGACCUGAUGUUUAUGAAGUAGCAAUUGAAAAUUUUCCG